AUCAUAAAACGUAGCCCCCCCAAAUUCCACUUUUAUCUGUUCUCAACUUGUCAUGCAACCCCCACCCCCUUCCCCAAAUACAUACACACCACCUAAGGGGAUAGAACUAUAUACACAUGUAUAGGAGUAUCUAAAUUCAAUUCUUUCACAUGUAUCCAGGUGGUUCUGUGAGAGAGCACUUGUCAUUUGCCAAUUUCUAAAUUUAAAGCACUGAUUUUGUUUUCAACUUUCUUGGCUUUCAUUCAAUGCAAAACAGCCAUGCCAGACCUUUGUGAUCUGCAAAUCCAUGUCAAUGGCCAACAAACAUUCUUCCUGCAUGAGAAAGUAUUUUCCAGAUUCUGUGGGAAGUUGAGGAAGAUAAUAAAGGAAGAGAAAAGGACAAGUCAGAUAAGAAAAUCAGGAAUAGUGAUUGAUGAUUUCCCAGGUGGUGCUGAAGGCUUUGAAUUGGUUUCAAGAUUUUGUUACAACAAUGGCAUCAUCACAAUCACUGCCUCAAAUGUGUCACUCCUCCAUUGUUGUGCAGUGUCUCUUGGGAUGACUGAGAAAGUGUCUUCUUGCAAUCUCUUGCAUCAAAGUGAGACAUAUCUUGAAGGAUUGUUUAAUUGGUCACGGCAAGAUAUUCUGACAUCUCUCAAAGCUUGUGAAUCAUUCUUCUCAUUUGCAGAUUCUUGUGGACUAAUCCAGAAGCUCAUUAAUUCACUUCUUGCAAAGAUUGCUCAGAAUUCUGACGUCUUUGCUUCAUCCUCUUCAUCUUCCUCUUCUGCAGAUAGGCGAACGCGUACCCCUUCUUCUUCUUUUUCUUCAGCAAACAAAUCAGCUUGGUGGUUUGAGGAUAUGACCAUUUUAUCCCCAAGUACCAUAGAGCAGUUCCUCAAGACUUUAGGAGCAUUUGGGAGUGACAACAACAACUUAGUCCUCACAAGAUUUGUCCUUCAUUACUUGAAAACAUCAGCACAUAACAACAAUCUGAUAAUUUCAAGAUCAGAGUACACUGGUCUAGCAGAUACAGCAGUUCAUGGAGUGGUUUUGAUGGGAAAGACAUCAUUUUCUUGCAGAAGCCUGUUUUGGGUAUUGAGAAUUGUUUCUGGAUUUGGGCUUAGCAGAGAGUGUAGGGCUGGAUUGGAGAAAUUAAUAGGGGGAUUGCUUGAUCAAGCAACCUUAGAUGAUCUGCUAAUAUGCGGUCAUAAUGGGGAUGCUUAUGAUGUUAAUAUUGUGCUGAGAUUGAUAAGAUUGUUUGUUCAUCGUGACUCUAAAAUUUUAUGUGUACCAAGAAUGAUGAAACUUGGAAGGUUGAUAGAUAAGUACUUGAGAGAGAUAGCACCUGACCAAAGCCUAAAAAUCUCAAAGUUCCUCGGGGUAGCAGAGAGCCUACCAGAUUAUGCAAGGGAGAGCUUUGAUGGGGUCUACAGAGCCAUUGAUAUCUAUCUUGAGUCUCAUCCAGCCCUUCCUUUAGAAGAAAGAUCAAGACUAUGCAGAUGUCUCAACUAUGACAAGCUAAGCCUUGAAGCAUGCAAAGACCUAGCCAAAAACCCCAGAAUCCCACCAAGAAUUGCAGUUCAGGCACUUGCUUCUCAGGGUUCAAGUCUCCCGACGGCGAAUUUUGUGAAGGAAAAAGAUGCAAAAAAGAAGACGAGCAUCAGUAAAAAACCUCAUCAAAUGGUUUUGUACAAGAAAAAUAAAAGUCGUGACAGCGCUAGUGCUAGUGAUCAUCAUGAUCAGAGCUUAGAUGAAGAAGAUGCAGAGAGUGAGCAUAUGAGACUAAAUCUGCAAAGAAUGCAAUGGAAAGUUGUGGAAUUGGAGAAAGUUUGUAGGGAGAUGAAAGGCCAAAUGUUAAGAAUGGUCAAAACUGGGGCAAUGGUUCCCCCUCCUCACACUAGAUCUUUACCUAGGCUUUGUUGAAUUCAAUUCUCAACCCAAUAUUUCCAAAUUAAAAAAAUAAAUAGGAGAAACAAAUUAGAAAGAGAGUGACAGACAAGAGGGUGUUUGGUGGUAAUUCCGCUCCACCUCCAAUUCUAAAAUUGUGGGUUCAAAUCACCAAGGAAGCAAAACAGUGAAAGCUCCUAGGAGGGGUAAAAAAAUAAUAUAUUAGAUAAAAAGUGUGGCAUAUCUUGAUAAUUCAUAUGUGGUUUUCUUUUUCCCAAUUGUAUGUUAUAAAAGCAUGUAUUGUUAAUUUCAUAAUACUCCAAAGGCCAAAUACACAAGUAGGCCUUUAAACUUGACAUGAAAUUUCAUUUUGGCA